AUGGCAAGGUUUUUGGAUGGUUUGGCAGGAGGUGAUGGCAGCGACGGCGUCUUCCAUAUUUCUGGUGUCUUAUUGUUGUUAUGCAUGGUGGUUGUGUCACUCUCCAUCAUUUUUAUGAUUAUCUUUGCAUGUGGAGAUGACCCAGAUUACCGCCGAAAGGGUUGCUCAGAAUCUUUUGGUGGUGGAGGCAGUGGUUAUAAUGGUAGAGGUGGUGAUUGUGGUGGUGGCCCGCGAAAGGGUUACUCAGAUGUUUUUGGUGGUGGAGUCAGCGGUUAUAGUGGUGGAGGUGGUGAUUAUGGUGGUAGAGGUGGUGGCCCGCAAAAGGGUUGCUCAGAUUUUUAUGGUGGUGGAGGCAGCGGUUAUAGCGGUGGAGGUAGUGAUUGUGGUGGUGGAGGUGGUAGCUACAACUGCAGUGGCCAUCACGACCACCACCACCACCACCAUCACCACCACCACAGUGGUGGAGGUGGUGGCUGCGGCGGCAGAGGUGGGUGGGGCUGUUAA